AUGGAAUCAAACCUUGAAGCCAUAGUAGAAACAAAAAUAGAAGAGGAUGUCAGCUUAGAUAAUAUUUCACUUGAAGAUAAACCUCCCGAAAACAAUAUAAUCGAUACCAUUACCAAUACAGCAUCAAUGACUUCAUACGAAGAACUUAAUAAAAAACAUCAAAGUUUUGUUCAAAAAAAUCUUAAAAUGUCAACAGAUCUUAUAAAUUUUCGCAUGAAAAUUGAGGAAUUAGAAAAUGAUAAUAAUUCAAUUAGUAUUGAAAAGACUCAAAUAGUAUCAGAAUUAGAGAAAAUUAAAGAAGAACGACAACAAUUGGAAGAAGAAUGUCUUGGACUUAAAGGCGAUUUAAAAGAAGUAGAAGGUGAACGUGACAAGUUAGCAGGGUUGAUUAAUAUAAUGAAAAUUGAAUGGGAAAAACAAUAUCAAACUCUUAAAGCAAAAUUUCAAGAAUCAGAACUCAUACGAUCUUUUAUAGAAUCACGAGUAAACGAAUUACACGAGGAACAUAAUAAAAUACGAUCCGAAAGAGAUGAACUUAGAAACUCUCACGAAAAAGAAGCCGAAAAAUUGCAAACAAUCGAGAAUCAAAAGGCUGCUUUGUUAAAAGUAUUUGAAGAACAACAGAAUGGUGUUGAGAUGUCAAUGAAAGGGAUGGCCGCAGAAAGGGAAGCUUGGCAACAACGUGAAGCUGAACUUGUUGACAAACAAAUAGUCAUAAAAGAUACAAUAAAAAAAAAAGAUUCUGAGAUAAAUUCUUUGCGUAAAGAAGUAGAGACUUUAUUAACUGACAAACGUACAUUAAAACAAAAAUUAAUAGAAGCCGGUAAAGAAAAAGUAAUAGCUGAUGGACGAAUUCGAGAAUUAGAAUCUGUGAGAAAACAAUAUGAGAAAGAGUUAAUGAAAUUGAAGGAUGGAGAUGAUAGAUCUAUAAUUCAGUUAGAAUAUUCCAAGAAACAAAUUGAUAUGCAUAAAGCACAAAUUGUAACACUAACGAAAAAAUUAGCUGAAGCUGAUGCUGAAAAACGAAGAAUGAUGCAAGUAUUUCAAAAGACUAUGGAAACUUCGGAAAGAAAUAGUGCAAAUCUAAAAAAUGAACUUGAUUUAAUGAGACAAGAAAAAGAAAAUCUCAUUCGUAAAAAAUUCCAUGGAAAUUCGAUUAAUGAAUCGCUAUCGCAAUUGGAAACCAGUGACGGUCAAAUAAUUAAUAGUAAUGAUAAAAUUGAUAUAUUAGAACAACGGAUAGCUGGAUUGGAGAAUUCAUUGAAAAUAUCUAAUUUAGAGUGUGAUCAAUUGAGGGAAACACUAGCACAGGUACAAUUCAAGUAUUUAGAUGCAAUAAAUGACAAAGAUCAGUUGACACAAAUGAAACGUAAUUUGGAAAAGAAAGUAAAAUCAAUGGGAGAUCAAUUAGAAGAUGUAUUAGCAAAAAAUUUAGAACUGGUGGUUCAGAUAACUUCGAAAUAA